AUGUUACGGCGAGGAAAUACCAAUAGAAGCUCUGGAUCUGGGGAGAAAAACAAUCCUCUUAAGCAUUUGAACCGAGCAUUAUCUAUUCGCUCCUCGGGUGGAAAAUCUUCAUCCAAAGAUGCAUCCACCUCGAAACAUUUUAGCCUCUCUUCCCUUCGCGGAAUGAACCAUCCAGAUCUCUCCAAGAAACUCUACAAACUAAUCAAGACCGAAAAUAAUCUCAUCACAGCAUAUGAGACCGCAGGCAAAGAGCGCGUUUCUAUCGCUGCUCAACUUUCCGAAUGGGGUGAAUCCACAGAAGAUGAUGGCAUUUCGGAAAUCUCGGAUAAGGUGGGCGUUUUGUUGAGUGAAAUGGGGGAUCAGGAGGAUUAUUAUGCACAUAGUUUGGAUGAUUCAAGAGGGAUAUUGAAGGCCAUUCGAAAUACUGAAAAGAGUGUCCAGCCAAGUCGGGAUCAUAAACAGAAAUUGGAAGACCAGAUUGCCAAAUUAAAGGCCAAGGAACCUGAGAGUGCUACUCUGGUUACUUUGGAGCAAGAGUUGGUCAGAGCGGAAGCUGAAUUCUUGGUUGCUGAGGCUCAAUUGACAAAUAUUACAAGAAAGAAAAUCAAGGAAGCAUAUGCCGCUGAAUUUGAAGCGACAAUCGAAAGAGCAGAGAAACAAAUUAUCCUUGCUCGACAUGGACGCCGUCUCCUCAAUCUUCUCGAUGAUACACCAAUCGUACCAGGAAACACUCGACCAGCUUUCGAGCAUGGCGAACAAGCCAGACAAAUCCUCAACGAUGCCGAAGAUGAUCUUCGAGAUUGGCAAUUGGAAUUGGAAGAUGUCCAAUCACAUGAUAACCUCGAUUUGGGUGCGGUGCGUCAGGAGGGUGUUGAACAUCAACAUGGCCAAAAUGUUGAGGGAUCUAUUGUUGGCACUGAAGAUGGAUAUCGUCACGAUGGACUUCAACAAUCUGAAGCGGGCGAGAGCAGAGUUAGUAGCGGACAACAAAUUCCAGGAAGUUAUGCACCUAGUGUUACUGGAACUUCUGUUACGACGGGUCAGAUGAAUUCUACUUAUGCUCCAAGUGAGGCUGGGACUACUCAGGUUACUCAACCUUCUGCGAUCUAA